GAGCGGGAGGGGGGGAAAGAAAAGGGAAUUCCAACCUGUGGAAGCUUGAGAUGGGGGGGGCCCGCGGCCGCCUCCUUCCCAUUGACUGUGCAUGGUGCUAGGGACAGAGCCUCUAACGAUUGGAGAGGGGCUUGGGGUCGGCGGGGUGAGGGCGCAACGGAGGUGUCAAAGUGUGAGUGGGGUGCGGGAGUUCCAAACUUAGGAUUCAGAGGCCGUUCGGGCUCAGGUGCCGGGGCGAAGCAGCUCAGGCCGCCAUGCGGGACAGGACCCGCGAGCUGAGGCAGUCCUGGCAGGGGGAUGACAGCUCGGACGAUGAGGACAGGGAGCGCGUGGCGCUGGUCGUACACCCGGGCACCGCACGCCUGGGGAACCCGGACGACGAGUUUUUCCAGCAGGUCCGGUCCAUUCGGCAGACUGUUGUCAAGCUGGAGAAUAAAGUCCAGGAGUUGGAGAAGCAACAGGUCACCAUCCUGGCCACGCCCCUGCCCGAGGAGAGCAUGAAGCAGGACCUGCAGAAUUUGCGUGAAGAGAUCAAACAGCUAGGGAGGGAUAUUCGCACACAGCUGAAGGCCAUAGAGCCACAGAAGGAGGAACCAGAUGAGAAUUACAACUCGAUCAACACAAGAAUGAGAAAAACCCAGCAUGGGAUCCUGUCUCAGCAAUUCGUGGAGAUCAUCAAUAAGUGCAACUUGAUGCAGUCGGAGUACCGGGAGAAGAAUGUGGACCGGAUUCGGAGGCAGUUGAAGAUCACGAAUGCUGGGAUGGUGUCUGACGAGGAACUGGAGCAGAUGCUGGACAGUGGACAGAGCGAGGUGUUCGUGUCCAAUAUUCUGAAGGACACACAAAUGACAAGACAAGCCCUCAACGAGAUCUCCGCCCGGCACAGCGAGAUCCAGCAGCUUGAGCGCAGUAUCCGGGAACUCCAUGAGAUCUUCACCUUCCUUGCCACUGAAGUGGAGAUGCAGGGGGAGAUGAUCAACCGGAUCGAGAAGAAUAUCCUCAGCUCCGCGGACUACGUGGAGCGCGGGCAGGAGCACGUCAAGACUGCCCUGGAGAACCAGAAGAAGGCGCGAAAGAAGAAAGUGUUGAUUGCCAUCUGUCUGUCCAUCACCCUCCUCCUCCUGGUGGUCAUCAUUGCUGUCUCAUUGAUUUGAUAGCGGCGCACAUUCUCGGCACUGAAAGCACCAAGGCCCCGGGCUCUGCCAUCUCCCCGAGCCGCUGGGGAGGGCAGGACAGAACCUCCAGCCAGACCACCUGCCUCACACCGGCCAUCGCAGGUGGAGGUGGACGGUUCUCCAGGCACCCGUCCAUUCUGGGGGCCUCCCAGCUUGGGCCACACUGCCUGGGGAGGACCUGCACUGAUCUGUUUGAUUGGGAUGCAUGGUUUUGUAAGAAAUAAAAAAAAAAAAAAAGAAAGAAAGAAAGAAAAGAAAAAAAAAAGAAAGAAAAGAGAGAGAGAGAGAGAGAGAGAGAGAGCGCUUGGAGACUCCACCAUGCAUUUGUUUUCUCAGAAAGACUGACCCAAGGCAUCAGGUACUCCUGCCUUCUCACCAGCCCCGGGCCAAGCCCAGCCUCCAUGGCUCUGGUGAGGGGCUGGGACCAUCACAGAUUGGCACACCCCUCCUAGAGAGGCUGAGCGGGGGGAGCUAAUACAUCCAUGUCUUUUUGUUAUUGUUGGACAGAAGCAGGCAGAGAGACCUGUUUACCCUGUGUAUUAGGAUUAGUAUUAAUAUUAUUUUAAGAUAGAGACAGGCAGAGAGAGAGAGAGAGAGAGACCAGAACACUGAAGCUUCUUUCAGUGAGGUAGGGAUCAGGUUUGAACCUGGAUUGCACACAUGGCAAAGCAGUGCUCUAAGUGAGCUAUUGUACAGUCCCUCUCUUUUAAAAAAAAAUUUUUUUUUUGCCUCUAGGGUUAUUAAUGGAACUCAGGGCCUACACUAUGAAUCUACUGCUCCUGGAGUCCACUUUUUGCCAUUUUUUCCAUUUUAUUGGAUAGGACAGAAAUUGAGGGAGGAGGAGAAGACAGAGAGCGGGAGAGAAAGAAAGAUACCUGCAGGCCUGCUUCACUGCUUGUGAAGUGAGUCCCCUGCAGGUGGGGAGCCGGGGCUCGAACCGGGAUCCUUGCCCAGGUCCUUGUGCUUUGUACUAUGUAUGUUUAACCCGGCACACUGACACUCAGUCCCUCCCCCCACACACACUGUUUUAGUUAGUUAAUUAAUUAUUUAAGUAAAUUUUGAAGAAAGACAGAAGUUGAGAGAGAAGGGGCAGAGAGAAAGAGACACCUGCAGCACGAGCACUGCUCAUGCAGCUCCCCAGUUCAGGUGGGUACGAAGGACUUGAACCCAGGUCCUGGCAGCACUGUAUAACAUGUGUGGUCAACCAGGCACACCACUGCCCAGCCCCCUUAAAUUAUAGAUAUUUAUUUAUGAGAGACUGAGAGAGAGAACCAGGGCAUCACUCCAGCACAUAAGAUGCCAGGGAUCAAACCCAGAACCUUGUUCUUCUUCCUACUGAGAGUUCAACUCUUUAUCCACUGCGCUGUCUCUUGGUCACAGCACCUACACCAUCCUCAUACUGGCCCUGAGGAAAGAGGAUUCCACGUACCUAACACCAAAUUGAGGCCGGGAUGAGAGGUGUGUGUGUGUGUGGGGGGGGUGUCAGUGGGGAUUCCUGAAUCAAGGCAGGAGAAGCACCAGGAAAAAGGACGUGAGGGGGCUGGGUGGUGGCACACCUGGUUGAGUACACACAUUAUAGUGCACGAGGACCCAGAUUCGAGCCUCCCAGUCUCCACCUCCAGGGGGAAAGCUUUAUGAGUGUUGAAGCAGGGCUACAGGUGUCUCUAUGUCCCCCUUCCCUCACAAUUUCUGACUGUCGCUAUCCAAUAAGUAAAUAAAGGUAAUUUUUAAAAGGGGAGGGCCAGGUGGUGGUGCACCUGGUUGAGCACACUAUUACAAUGCACAAGGACCCAGGUUCGAGCCCCCGGCCCCCACCCACAGGGGAAAAGCUUCACAAGGGCUGCAGGUGCCUCUCUGUCCCUCUCCCUCUCUAUCACCCCCUUUCCUCUUGAUUUCUGGCUGUCUCUGUCCAAUAAAUAAAGAUAAUACAUUUAAAAAAAUAAUAAUAAUUUUUCAAAAAGAAAAAGGUGUGGAGUAACUGAGGCCGUUCCUCUGGAUCCCGUGGAAAGAGAGGGGCUGUCUCUGAGACACCACGCCUGAUUGGAUGAUUUCACUGUUACGUGUUUUGCUUUUGCCGCAAGGAUUAUCACGGAGGCUCAGUGCCCCUAUGAGGACUACACCAUUUUCUUUUUAUGUGAUAGAGGUGAUAGGCAGAAAAAGAGAUGGAGAGAAGGAAAAGCACCUACAAUACUAUCUCCUCCACCACUCGUGAAGAUCCCCCUGCAGGUGGCCAUUGUUACUAUUAUUCUUUUUGCCCAAUCAGGGUUAUGACUGGGGCCUAGCACCUACACAAACUCCACUGCUCCUGGUGGCCAUAAUUUUCUCUCUUUCUGAUAGAGGGUGAGAGACAGGGAGGGAGAGACACUACAGCUCCACUCAUGAAGCUCCCCCCGACUGGCACUCUCAGUGUGCGGGCACGGGAUUCACCUCAGGCCCUUGGGCAUGGUAGUGUAUGUGCUCAUACUUAAAGGAGGCUGGGAGAGAUUGAGCUAGCGCACAUGGUAGAGUGCACGCUCACCACGUGAUAAGACCCAGGCUUCUCCAUCCAUAGGGUAGCACCAUGCAAAAGGUGGCUAACCUGCUUGAGUGCACUUGUUACCAUGAGCAAGGACCUAGGUUUGAAGCCCCAUUCCCCCCCUGCGGGGGGUGGGAGUGGGGCAUGACAUGAAGCAGGUCUGCAUGUAUCUAUCUUUCUCCUUCUCUGUCUCCUCAUCCCCUCUCAACUUCUCUCCAUCCCGUCAAAUAAAAUAGAAAAAAAAAAAAAGGGAAAAA